AUGAGUGUACGUAAAGCCCACAAUGCAGGUCGGAAUCACUUGAGAAACGUGGUCGAAUACUAUCAACAGAUUGGUCACGAAAAGGCCCAAUCGGUUAUUGAUUCCAUUACAUCCUCUUACGCCGCUGAAGGCCAGGCUGCGGCCAACCCCAUGCUCCAACAUCCCGGUAUUCCUGGAGUUCCAGGCGCCCCUGGUGGAUUCCCGCCACCUCCAUUCGGAUUUCCAGGUCGCCCAGGGUCAAUGCCAUUACCACCACCAUUUCCGAUGCCAGGUGGUCCCGGUGCCCCGCCCGCCGGCAUGAUGCCUUUUCCUGGCGGCAGGGGUAUGCCCCCCUUCCCACCCAACGCUCCGUUUCCGGGUGGGGUACCACCCCCCGGCGAAUUCCCGAUCCCCCCAAACGCUCCGGGCAUGGUACCACCACCGGGUAACCUUCCAUUCCCACCACCCGGUGGUCAAUUCAUUCCUCCGCCAAAUUUCCCGCUCCCACCCCCGGGUGGCCCUGGUUUCCCUCCACCACCAAUGAUGGGACCUCCAGGUGGUCCCAGCCCAAGCAACAUGCCUGGGAAUGCACCUAGUCCUGGAGUACCUGGAGGAGCAGCGCCGGGGCCGCCUGCUGGGUUUUCUGGCCCGCCUCCAGGAGUAGGUUGA